AUGUAUCAACUAUUCGAUUCUGGUAUAUGUAUUUUGAUUGUAGAAUCUAUUCCUAAAUCUAAAGAUAAUAUGAUAUCAUUAUCUCAAAUGGUGAAAGUGAGUUCUUCUAUCAUUAAAGCAGAGGAGAUAUCAGCAAAAUCUAAUGCUACUAUUGUUAAUCGUGAGACUGCUGAAUUUUUGGAAAUAAGCUGA